AAGACAUUAAAACACUAACACAUCAAAGAGAUUCAAAAAAUACUUUGUGAAGUCAUUAUUUUCUUGAAUUUUGUCUUUAAAAAAUGGCAACCAAUAGCAAUUCAGUCUCUACAUCAGCCAAAAGGCUAGAUGGUAAAGUAGCAGUUAUUACUGGAGGUGCAAGUGGAAUUGGUGCUACUACUGCAAAAUUGUUUGUCAAAAAUGGUGCUAAAGUUGUAAUUCUUGAUGUUCAAGAUGAUCUUGGCCUUUCAUUUUGCGACGAAAUCGGGCUAGAACACAUCUCGUACGUCCAUUGCGAUGUCACUAUUGAAAAACAAGUAGAGGAGGCCAUAGAUUUUGUAGUGUCAAAGCAUGGAAAGAUUGAUAUAAUGUACAACAAUGCAGGCAUUACAGGAAGUAUAUCUUUAGGAAUUACUACAACGGACUACGAAAACCUGAAAAAAGUAUUUGACAUCAAUGUGUUUGGCGCCUUUCUAGGCGCCAAACACGCGGCUCGAGUGAUGAUCCCGGCUAAAAAAGGUGUCAUUCUCUUCACGGCGAGUGUGACAGCUGUUGUAGCCGGGAUGUCUUCACACACAUACGCGUCGUCUAAGCACGCGGUAAUCGGGCUAUCGAACAAUUUGUGCGUGGAAUUAGGACAAUAUGGUAUAAGAGUAAAUUGCAUUACACCACAUGUUGUGGCUACACCAAUGUUAACUAAUUUUGUUGGUGGAAUUGAUCAAAGUAAAGUAGAUGAAGCACUUACGAAAUCAGCUAAUUUGAAAGAAGCAAAAUUAGAAGCAGAAGAUGUUGCUGCUGCUGCUGUUUAUUUGGCAAGUGAUGAGUCUAAGUAUGUAAGUGGAUUAAACUUAAUGAUUGAUGGAGGUUAUAGCAAAACUAAUCCACUUUUUCCAAUGUGUAUUAGAGAGAUUCUUAGUGGCUUUUAAACAAGAUUUUGGGAUUUGUUGUCUUGUUAUCUAAUAAUGUGUUGAGGAUUUGAUUCGGUUUCCCA